AUGCCAGCUGGCCACGGCGAUCUGACAGCCAUGGACGACGAGUCUUCUAGAGAUAUCGCUCCUCGUCAGCUCACGCUGCGAGACCGGGUCACUGUCGCGACCUUGGUGCCGUUCCAUUCGUAUGCGCAUAUUCCCAAGUCGCUGAUUGUGUACUUAUGCGACCAAUUGAACCGGGAGAUUGAAAAGGGCGACACUUAUGCUAUGGUCGACCCGAUCCCAGUACGGCAUUUUGCGCCGUACUGGUUCUCGAACUUUGGCGCGAUCAUGCUAAUUGGGGACAUCAAAAAUGUCAAUGAUGUCCAGGAGAUGGACGGCAAUGUGAAUUGGGCCAAAGUCUGUCUUGGGAGUUUCAACGUCAGGCCAAACUACCCGGGGCGAAGUAGCCAUGUCUGUAACGGCAUGUUUCUUGUCACGGAUGCUGCGAGAAAUAAGGGUGUAGGUCGGUUAAUGGGAGAGGCCUAUCUAGAUUGGGCCGCUCGGCUGGGAUACACAUAUGCCGUCUUCAACCUCAUCUAUGAAAGCAAUGUUGCCUCAUGCCGACUUUGGGAAGGUCUCGGCUUCAAGCGGAUUGGUAGAGUGCCCAAUGCAGGCCGAGUGUUGUCGAGCCCUGGAGAAUUUGUCGACGCCAUUAUCUACGGGCGAGACUUGGGAUCUGACGGCGAAGACCCCGUUACGCAAGACCGGUUCGAUAAAAUCCGCUACUAUCUCAAACACUCUAAAUACCCCAGAGGUGCCGACCGAGCGGAGAAGAGCCGACUCCGCAGCGCAGCCACCCACUACAAACUCGUCGAGGGCGAGAAUGGCGAGGAAGAAAAGCUCAUGCUAAAAGAUAAAGAGGUCGUCUCAGACCCCCAACAGCAGUACCAGAUUGCGCAGCAGGUGCACAUGGAGCAGCACGCAGGGAUCAACAAGACCACUGCCGCCAUUGCCGUCAAGUACCACUGGGUCCGGAUCAAGGAGACCGUCAGUCGAGUUAUUCGAGACUGUCCGCACUGCAAGGAAACGCUGAAGACCCCAACACCGACUUCGAACAGCGCUGCCGAGACACCGAUGGAUACGGAUGAGCAGCAGGAGGCACAUCAGCGUAAACGAUCGGUCCAAGAAACUCCAGCUCACACCCAUAUCGACGCCCACAUGUCACAAGCCGAACCCCUCCAAACACCUCAGCUCAUCCAUCAAACCCAAACCACAAUCCACCCAGGCCAUCAACAUCAGCAUCAGAACCCGUUCACAACACCGCAUUCUUCUAUCCUCCAAGGCCAUGUCGGCUCGCUUAGCGACUACACAGCCGUCCCGCUUGACCCGCAAAUCAUGAAUCUGCAUCAAAUCCCACGCUUUCAAACGCAGGAAACCUCAAUGGCUGACCCGUAUGGACAUACCCAUCCUCAUCAGCAACAACACCCACAUCCGCACUCAUUCCAUGAAAGCGUAGGGAACGUCCGCCAUGUCGCGCCGAACGAAUACCGCAUGCUAGUAGAUGAUCCCGCCGAGGACGCGGGCACGCUGGGCCUUGUACAUUCGCAGGCGAGCGAUGUGCACCACGAGCAGAUGAUGAAGUAUCAAUAUGUGGGGCAUGGAGACGACGAGCUUGACUUCACAUAA